AUGCCUCGCACAUUGCUACUCUGCUUCAUACAUGGAUUCAAGGGAGACGAUGAUACAUUCAAGACCUUUCCAAUAGAUUUACAGGAUCGUAUAUCGAAGAAGCUUCCUGAUCACAAAGUUGAGUCGAUAGUAUAUCCGAAGUACGAGACUAGGGGAGAAUUGGGACAAUGCUGUGUGUCCUUUUUAUCAUGGCUGAAAGAGAAAGUGAUAAACGUGAGAAAGGCCUAUUCCGAAACGCCAUGGCCACCGCAUGAUAGAGAUGUAGGGGUAAUAUUAGUUGCGCACUCAAUGGGAGGAUUCGUUGCCUCGGAUACACUUUUCCUGAUAUUGAAAGAGAGAAAAGAAGGAUCGCUGCUAUUUCCUCUAGUCCAAGGGAUUCUAACCUUCGACACUCCCUUCAAUGGUCUUGCGCGUUCGAUGUUUGUCUAUGGCGCAUUCUCAAAUUACCAAAAAGUGAGCACGGUCUUCAAUGUCAUGACUGCUCUUUCAGCUGCACCGUCAGCUCUUGGGAAAUCGGCUUUGAUGCAGACAACUACGAAACUACCAUCUUCGAAAACUUCACGCUCAGUCUGGAAGGGAUGGCAACUCGUCGCGGUACGCACAGGAACUGUCGGUGCGAUAGCUGCGGGAGGUGUCGCAGCUUAUAUACACCGCGAGAAAAUCAUGGAUGGUAUGCGCAGUAUGCGAAACCUCAAUAAGGAGUCAGUGAAGGAAGGGUACCAACAAGGGAUAGACACGUUAAGUCAGGGGCUAGCUUAUGUCAACCGGGGAAAUGUUGGACGCUCAUUUGAAUACCUCUCAGGCCACUUUACUUUUGUUGGCACACUCAUGAAGCAACAAGAGCUAAGUCAAAGACUAGAACGUCUGGCAACUCUCAAGGGCAUCGGCAUCCAUGACUUUUACACAUCACUGGGGGAGAAUGGCGUGUGGAGCGGUGGCUACUUCGUCCCAGAGCGAACAUUCUGCGCCAUACCAGCCAAGGAUCACCAGGCAUAUCCCCUCUUCUCGCGGCAUGUCAUUAGAGAGACAGAAGACGAGGUACAGGCACACAUAAGCAUGUUCAUCAGAGACAAGAAUGAAGAGUAUGAGCAGAUGACGGAAGAGGCUAGUAACCUUGCCAUUCGCUGGUUCAAUGAUGACUCCGACAUAUUCGAUGAUCCAAAAUUCGCAUCAGCCCCGCCUCCUGAGCCCGUGGAACAACUUGUGGCCACAACAGAAGACGGUCAAGAGGUCCCGAAUUUUGAAUGCAUCACGGAAGACACCGACACAACCCGAGAGGAAUUGGAAGAGGAGGAUGAUGGCGGAAACAGCAUGCCUGAUACGUCACCACUGGAUAUAACGGCUGCGGCAUCUAUGGUUCCACUGCCAGACGACGAAACACCACCGGAAGGUCAGGAGGAGGAAGAGGUCCAGAAAAGGACAUACAUGCGAUACCUUAUGCAAGUAGCGCAGCAAGCAGGUACCGGAGUCAUAUCAUACGUGCCUACCAAGAUGCCGGAUAUGCCUCAAAUCCCAUCGGGGUCCAGUUUCAGGUCCUAUCUUCCUACUCAAAUGCCGCAGAUGCCAAGUAUCCCGAGGCCGUCUGUCAACAUGUUCGGCAAGAAACAACAGAAGUCAGCUUCGGAAACAAAUGAAUCUACGGCAAAGUCGGAGCCCGAAGACAACAUCGAAUCACUUACAGGGAGGCCGAGAGCCGACAACGGCGUGCACCUAUCGUCGGGGCCGAUGAAGCCAACUGGCACUGAUCAAGAUCAGUCCAAAGGUUGACCCUAGUACGUCUAACUAAGCUAGGGGAUAAUCUAGUGGGCGUCAGGUAGGUAACAUAGGGAUUGAGGAUAAAUGGACACCCUAGAAGGUGGUAUGAACUAAUAUUAGAGGAGUGAAGUUUAAUUGAUAGGAUGCCAUGUAUGCAUGUUAAAAUCAUGAAAAUCUACCUAAAGCAAUUCGGGGGGCACAUCCUGGUUAGUUCGUUGGUAUUAACAACCUAGCUCAUAUAUUUUUAUAGAGUUGACAUCUGCGCAUCUAUGAUCCGUGCAUCGCUGGGAAUCGCUGUAGUGAGUCAACAUAAAACUAGGUGCCG